AGAACGUGGCGCAUGACGUGGCGUUAGCUUCGGUUCGGUCCCCUCCUACAGUCAUCCGGAGUCAUUCGAUGUACUACAAGAGGGCAAGUGUCCUUCCUUCGAACUCUCUUAAAGGGACAGAGUUGCCUCAUCGCAGAAGUUAGGAUGGAUGUUACAUAACUCUCAGAAUACCUACAUUUUAUUACUAGAUAUGAAACAAACUUCCUACUUUACCUAUCAUCAACCUAGAUCUGCAAUGCCUACACCAUUUGAUAGACUUGCUAUAAAGUCUAAGCACGCUACAUUAGCCUUCUCCGGGCUCGUCACAGCCGCUCUCGCAUGGUCUAUGUGGGGUGGGAAUCUCUUUCCCGCUCCGGCAGAUCCAACCGGAGACCCUCAUGAAUGGACGCGGGAGGAACUGAGAAGAUGGCUGGCAGCUCGCAACCUCUAUCCUCAUGAACAAGAUUCUCGGGAGCAACUCCUCGAAAGAGUCAAGGCGAAUAUGCGGUAGCGUGAAUUUCUAUUGCUGGCUCCGUGGAUAGUAUGUUAUGGUAUACGUGGUUAUGGAGAGUUUGUAGCGUCGAUAGCUUGGCAGGAGACAGAAGGGAACACUAAGUGUCGACAGCACAAAUUAGGAUGCCUUCGAGGCUUCUUGAUGGGUACAUGAUAGAUAUCAUUAGAUCCAAGGAACUUCUCUUAUGAAUAUAAUGUGAACUUGCGGCAAUAGUAUGGUAUGACGUGAGCUAUCAUGGAUGUCUCCCCUGAAGCGGAAUCGCUUCUAAAAUAACGGGACAAUAGACUUUCUUCAGUCGAUAACCUACCAGAAAUAUAAAAUGAAUCUAAAAAUGCAAGCGACCAAGUCAAACGAACGCAAGAUCAAUUUACAAUCACCUUAGAAGUACAAUCCAAAGUAGG